AAUCCAAUCCAAAACCAGCGCCCUUCUUCCUCAAAACCAUGUUUUCCUCUCACGUUUGAGUUUUGAGUUUUGAGGCACAGACACAAGAAAGAAAAAAUAUGCCAUUUCUGAACCUUUCCCCUUCUUCCUCCUUCCUUCUUUCCGUCGUCUUCUUCUUCUUGUUCUUCCAGGUCUCUGUUUUCGCUCUCUUCUCCGACUACGAUUAUAAUAUUCUGAUUCGGGUUAAAAACAACCUUUUCGAUGAUCCCAAUGGCUGUUUGAACAGUUGGGUUCCCAAUCAAGCUCACAACCCCUGUAAUUGGACUGGCAUCACCUGCGAUUCCACUAAUUCCUCUCUUCUUUCCAUCGAUCUCAGUGAUUCCGGUGUCACCGGCGGAUUCCCCUUUGAUUUUUGCCGGAUUCAGACUCUCAAAUCCCUUUCUAUCUCCAACAGCAGCGUUAAUGGAAGUCUACUCUCCCCUUCCUUCUCUCUCUGUUCUAACUUGCAUGUCCUCAAUCUUUCCGUUAACUCACUCGUUGGGAACUUGCCGGAGUUUUCCUCUGAUUUCAGACAACUGCAAAUUCUAGAUCUCUCCUCCAACAAUUUCUCCGGUGAAAUUCCUCACAGCUUCGGAUUGUUAUCGGCGCUAAGAGUGCUCCGUUUGUCGGAGAAUCUGCUCGACGGCUCCAUACCUUCUGUUCUGGGAAAUCUCAGUGAGCUGACUGAAAUGGCCAUUGCUUAUAAUGAAUUCAAACCCCAUCGGUUACCGGAUGAAAUCGGAAACCUGACCAAACUUGUAAACAUGUUUUUACCGUCUUCGAAUUUCAUUGGACCCAUUCCCCAUUCCAUCGGAAACCUUGUUUUGCUUACUAAUCUCGAUUUAUCUACCAAUUCGUUUUCGGGUCCUAUCCCAGAUUCAAUCGGUGGACUGAGGAGCAUACAGAACAUUCAACUCUUUAACAAUCAAAUCUCCGGUGAGUUGCCGGAGAGCAUCGGAAAUUUGACUACUCUGAUUUCACUGGACAUCUCGCAGAAUAGUCUCACCGGGAAAUUGCCGGAGAAAAUCGCUGCUCUCCCUCUUCAAAUUCUGCAUCUCAAUGACAACUUCCUUGAAGGCGAGGUCCCGGAGAGCUUAGCUACUAACCCAAAUCUUUUGAAUUUGAAACUGUUUAACAAUAGCUUUUCCGGCGAACUUCCCCGGAAUUUGGGUCUGAAUUCUUAUUUGAAUGAGAUUGACGUCUCUACCAACAACUUUGUGGGUGAAAUUCCGAAAUUUCUCUGCCAUGGAAACCAACUUCUGAAAAUGGUUUUGUUCAACAACCGUUUCUCUGGAAAUUUCCCAGAAUCGUACGGUGGUUGCAAUUCUCUGUCUUAUGUUAGAAUUGAGAACAAUCAGCUUUCCGGGAAGGUACCGUACUCUUUCUGGAAUCUCUCUACGCUUACCAAUAUUCGGUUGUCGGAAAAUCAAUUUCAGGGCUCCAUUCCGCCGGCGAUAAGUGGCGCUCGUUAUCUCGAAGAUUUGUUGGUUUCCGGUAACAACUUCUCCGGUCAAUUACCGAAGGAAAUUUGCAAAUUGAGAGAGCUCGUCCGGUUAGACGUCAGCAGGAAUAAAUUCUCCGGCGGAGUUCCUUCCUGUAUAACAGAGUUGCAGCAUCUUCAAAAGCUCGACAUGCAAGAAAACAUGUUCAUCGGAGAAAUACCCAAAUCGGUUAACACAUGGACAGAACUAACCGAGUUGAAUCUGUCCCACAAUCAUUUCACCGGUGAGAUUCCACCUCAACUCGGCGAUUUACCAGUUCUAAAGUACUUAGAUCUCUCUGCAAAUUCACUCUCCGGCGAAAUCCCCGAAGAAUUGACGAAGCUGAAACUGGGUCAGUUCAACUUCUCCGACAACAAAUUAACCGGAGCAGUUCCUUCCGGCUUCGACAACGAACUGUUCGUCAAUAGCCUAAUGGGUAAUCCGGGUCUGUGCAGUCCGGAUUUGAAGCCGCUGAAUCGGUGCCCCAAACCCAAAUCCAUAAGUUUUUAUGUCGUUGUUCUUCUGUCGAUUAUCGCUUUCGUUCUCAUCGGGUCUCUCAUUUGGGUAAUCAAAUUCAGGAUGAAUCUCUUCAAGAAAUCGAAAUCCCCAUGGACGGUGACCAAGUUCCAACGUAUCGGGUUCGAUGAAGAAGAUGUAAUUCCCCGUCUAACCAAAUCAAAUGUUAUAGGAUCGGGCGGGUCGGGCACUGUAUUCAAAGUAGAUCUGAAAAUGGGACAGACCGUCGCGGUCAAGAGUCUAUGGGGUGGCCACAACAAAUUGGAUACGGAAUCGGUUUUCCAAUCAGAAGUUGAGAUAUUAGGUCGAAUCCGCCAUGCCAAUAUUGUGAAGUUGCUGUUUAGUUGCAGCAAUGGUGAAGGAAGUAGAAUUCUUGUGUACGAGUACAUGGAGAAUGGAAGUUUGGGAGAUGUUCUACACGAACACAAAUCCCAAGCUUUAUCUGAUUGGUCCAAACGAUUCAACAUCGCCCUUGAAGCAGCUCAAGGGUUAGCUUAUCUGCACCACGACUGCGUCCCUCCGAUAAUCCAUCGCGACGUAAAGAGCAAUAACAUUCUCUUGGAUGGAGAAUUUCAGCCUCGAGUGGCCGACUUUGGUUUGGCAAAGACGAUGCAGCGCCAAGCGGAGGCAGAAGAUGACAAUGUCGUCAUGUCUCGCAUUGCUGGCACCUACGGUUACAUUGCCCCAGAGUAUGGAUAUACUAUGAAGGUGACAGAGAAGAGCGACGUGUAUAGCUUUGGAGUGGUGCUGAUGGAGCUAGUGACCGGGAAGCGACCGAACGAUGCGUGCUUCGGAGAGAACAAAGAUAUUGUGAAAUGGGUGACAGAGGCAGCUUUGUCAGAAGAGAAAGGUUUGAGUUUGGAUGAGAUUAUUGAUGAAAAGUUGGAUCCAAGGACAUGUGAAGUAGAAGAGAUUGUGAAGAUUUUGGAUGUGGCAGUGCUUUGUACUUCUGCUUUGCCCCUCAACAGACCAUCCAUGAGAAGAGUGGUUGAGCUGAUAAAGGACACCAAAUUCUCUCAUUCCAAGUCAUGAACUUAAGUGAACAUGAAUGUCAAUACAGUUUUUGCUUUUGUUGUUCAUCAAUCAAAUGAAUAUCUCUCAAGAAAUCUAGCUUUUCUUUUUGUGGCAGUACAAUUUUUUUUAUUCACUUUC